AUGAAUAAUGCGCGUCCUCGUCCGAUUGGAGACGACGAUGAGGACUCGGACGAAGAAUUUGUCUAUCCUGGUGGUCCGCAAUCGGAGACUCCGUCAGCAGCUGAGCUACCGGAUGAAGAAGAUGAAGAUUCCGACGAGGAGUUCGUCUAUCCUCGACCAUCUGAGAAGCAUGAUCCUCCAGCAACAGUAUCUUCUCCAGUCGAAGAGCCUUCGACUGUUCUGCUCGAAUGCCUCGCUGCCGCUGCUGCUUCAGGCGACUUGACCACCCUGCAGAAAGUUUGUGCUGCAGCAUACGAAGACGGCAAGAAUGAGAAUUUCUCACCAUUUGCCCUUGCGAAUGACGCUGCCCCGCGAACUGGGCUUACGGCGCUGCAUGCUGCUGCGAGCCGGGGCAGACUGGAGAUUGUUCGAUGGCGUAAGCUCUUCAUCAUUGAAGAGUGUGGAGCGAUGGUAGAUUUCGAGGAUAAGGAGGGUGAGACUGCUCUACACAAAGCAGCCCUCAAUGGGCAUUUUUCAGUUGUCAUCUAUCUUAUCUCCAACAUGAAGAGCCCAGCGGACGCACAUGCGCAAGAUGCAGAUGGCUGGACGGCACUUCACAAUGCCUGCUCAAAGGGAUAUUUAGAUAUCGUGAGAUGGCUCUGCGAGCAAGGUGGGGCUGCGGACGUCGUCUCCGAUGACGAUAGUCGGGUCAGGGGUGUAGACCGAAAGAGCAAGGGUGGUUGGACUCCGCUGAUGAAUGCGGCUUCAAAGGGCCACCUUCCUGUCGUUCUUUAUCUUGUCACUAAACAAGCCGCUAAUCCCUUGAUUCGCAACAACUGGGGUGAAACCGCGUAUGACGCUGCUGCUGCCGUAUUUGAAGUUUGGAUUUGCGAAAUCCUACAGAAGGCCGAGGCAGAACGAUGGCAAGGCUCUAGCUCUCCAUGCGACCCGAUCGCCGUGCACACAACCAUUCCGCUCAUUAUUUACGAGAACCAGCGCCUGGAUACACGUCUGAAGACGCUCGCGGUGAACGGCGGCAGACCAAAAUUCUCGCCUUCGGGCUUGGGCAAGAAGGGUCGUAGAGCACCAUUCGAGCUCACCGUUUACCCACCUGAUGGUGCUCCGGAAAGGAUUCCCGCGUGGCGAAGCGACGUCCAGCUGCCACUGUUGGAUGAUCCCUUCAAUCUCAAGAGAGUGAACGCAAAGGGUGAUGCUGCGACCCCCAGGGAGGGUUCCGAGCGUAGUUUCUUUUGGCUCUCUGAUUGGACGCUGGAUCUCACGCAUCCUAAAUGCGAUGCAAUCGAGGGUUGGCAGUAUGCCCGACACUUGGAAGACCCCGACGACCAGUGGACUUCGGAAACACCAAAUCAGCUGGAGAGGCUACUAUCCGGAAGCGGAGCUAUGACCGCGGGUUUGAUAGGCCCAUCCACCCCAAGGGCAAAUGGUCUUGAUGCGGCCGCCAGCGUUUGGUGUCGGAGGAGACGAUGGGUCCGCGUCAUGCGCCGGCGUUUGGACAUACCGCCCCUGCCGUAUCUCGAGCCUGAUGGUAUCAUGUACUUGUUGCAGCCGGACGGCUCCUUGACACCAUACUUGAGCGAGUAUGAUGAUGCUGCCGGGGGAUCCGAAGGGGGCCAAGAGCUGGGGUCCAUGCCGCAGACAUUCUUAUCAUCCGCCCAGGAUUAUGUUUCCCGCGCCCGAUAUCUAGCGGGAUCCCAGCAUGCACGCAGCUACGGGGUCGAAUUUGAUGCCUAUAGCCUGAGGACCCCGAUCGAAGAACCUGUCGAACGAUCAGCAGCCGAUGUGAGGAGGUCGAUUGGCAAGCUGCAGCGGGCCGUGAGUGAACUCCGGACGGGGAUGCUCAACGACGACGAUGCGCCACGUAAGGCAGAAGCCGACGCUCUGCUAAAUCGGUACAGCCGUGAGCUGGAUCGCAUCCGAUUGCAGGCAGGCGCGGAACGAAUGUUUACAGUUGGCGAGGACGACGAGCAGGACGAUGAUGAUGAUGACGACGAGAGCUUCCAUUAUCCUGUGCGACGCUCAUCCCCAGCGCCAACUCAAUCGACCGCAAGGCCUCCCUCGGUACAUUCCCACCCGGCUAGCGUCGACUAUUUCAAUCUUCGUGCCUCGACAUCUUCGUCUCGUACUGCCGCCAACCUGACGCCUGAUUUGUCUCAGGCCCCUGAGUUCCGCGUUCCUACCCAUGAAGCACCGCAGAAGGUAGUUACGCCGAGAUGGACUGCGCCUCUACCGCACUCCCUACAACCGACUUGGGAGCCUGAUUCAGACGUGAUUGAAUGCCGCAAUUGUCACAGGCGUUUCGGUUUCCUUCUUCGAAAACAUCACUGUCGCCGAUGUGGUCAUAUUUUCUGUGACAGAUGUUCUUCGCACAGAUUCCCCUUGUAUCCUGCCGAUGUCGUCUUGGACCCCGGUAUGGCCUAUCCGGUUCUACCAGAAAUGAUGCACAGGGUUUGUCAGUCAUGUUAUGAAGAACUUACGGCCACUGCAUCCAUCCCCGGCCAACUUCGUGGAGGGUUGAAUGGCAUUGUCGUCGAUCCAGAGCGACUUGCCCCACCUGGAACGAGUCGCGACUCCAGUUCUGUAAUAAGCGACCUUACUGAAUGCCCGGUUUGUGGGCAGAACCUUGCCGACCUUGGAUCCCCAAUGGAUCAAGAAAUACAUGUUAAGAACUGCCUUGAGGGCAAUUCGAGCGGAGGCGUGCAGAAUUCGGCUCGCUAUUUGGUGUAUCGUCUGCCUGCGGAUAGCUCGCUGAUUGGCAGCGAGUGUGAGCUGUUGUUCACGCUGUCGCUUAUAGGAUCUGCGGUCGCACGUUUGAGUUGUCUUUGUACCUUCCACAAUGGUUGCUUAUCUGCUUGGCUACAAAGAGGACGGGCCUGCCCUGUUCAUGCCCGUGACACAUAA